AUGGGCACAGCUGAACUCAAACCACCUGGAUCGACACGACUCAACAUGACCAAGAGACUGAUAAAGCGAUUCGUAUGGCUCAAAUCUCAUUUGUUGAAAGAUCAUGAGUAUGGACUGGUCGAGCUGGGGAAUGAGGCAAAUUGGCAUACUCCUUUUACUUCAGAUCCAGAAAGCAUUAUCGGAGGUGUCGAUUCUCUACAACGACAAGAUGACCCAUUCAACAGUCUGAACUCUGAUAGCAUCCUCGAAACAUUACUACAAGCACAACCAGAAAACCCAAAAACACCAGAAUCCCACUCCCUCCGCGCAAUAAUCAUAUACGGCCGCUCCAAUGUCCUCCCCACAGUCCCAUCUCCCGAACUACUUGACAAGGUCCGCGCAAACCCUGCCAUAACAAUAGAUUGUGUCUACUUGCACGGACUGGCUCGUGAUUAUGGAGAGAUGGUGCAAGAAAUCUAUGAGAGACUCACUGAAUUCGAAUUGAGAGAGGACAUGUAUUCGUUCGAGUUAUCACAACGUGCUCCAAGGUAUGGGAUUGCUAUGACGCAACUGGUAUCACACCCGGCACAACGAGUUCACCAGGCCCGUGCUUUUCCUAUCGUGAUUAAUCAAUAA